GUUUCAGCUGAGAAGUAUAAAUAGCGACGAUGGGUUAAGAGACUCUGCACACAAACUACCUGUGUAUGUUUAUAUAUACUUAUACUUCGUAUAUAAAUAUACUCCCCGUACGUAUAUAAUUAUAUAUUCGGUGGCAAGUAUAUACACCCAAACUAGAGCUAAAAACAUCGCAAACGUAGUCUCUGAGAGUAGGGAAGAAGAAAUACGUAGUUGUUGAGAGGAAAGAAGAUCACCGGAGGAAAAAAAAGCUCACCGGAGUUCGCCGGACUGUUCUAUUUCACGCCCAAGGAGCAACGCUGUUCUGCCCAUUGCCCACCCUCACGACCUGAGUUGCUGGAGAGUAGAAGGAGUGAUUGAGGAUCACUGACACCAGGAAAAGAACACCGCCGGAGCCGCUACCAGUCUACCAACCACGACGCACGUUUGUUCCACGAAGAAGAAGCACAGUGACUUUGAAGAGGAUCAAGUUUUAGUUACAAGUAAAGAUUCCUGAAAAUUAAGAUAAUUAAAGAACCAGGAAACAGGAUUCGUUUAUGCAACUCCCAUACAGUACUUUUGACUGAGUUCAGCUUAAGCUCUGGAGUUGAAUAAUCAAUGCGCUUCCAAGAAUUAUUGUUAGUUUUUCUAGCAUUGUUUCCUACAGUUUUUACACAAAGUGUUGAGCAUGCUUCACUUGUGAUUGAAACAACCAAACGGAUCGGAGAUACCGAUGCUAAUUAUAUAUGUGCUACCCUUGAUUGGUGGCCUCACGAUAAGUGCAACUACAACCAAUGCCCUUGGGGUUAUUCAUCUGUGACAAACCUGGAUUUAUCUCACCCUUUUCUGGCAAAUGCUAUCCAAGCUUUUCAUGGUUUGAGAUUACGACUUGGGGGUUCAUUGCAAGACCAAGUUCUUUAUGAUGUGGGCAGUCUGAAGGCUCCCUGCCAUCCAUUUAGGAAGCAGAAUGAUGGGCUUUUUGGAUUUUCUAAAGGAUGCCUACAUAUGGGCAGGUGGGAUGAGUUAAACAGCUUCUUCAGGAAGACAGGAGCACUUGUUACAUUUGGUUUGAAUGCAUUACAAGGGAGACAGAGGAUACAAAAACAGUGGAGAGGAAACUGGGAUUCCAGUAAUGCCCAUGACUUUAUCAACUACACCAUUUCCAAGGGUUACCACAUAAGCUCGUGGGAAUUUGGCAAUGAGCUGUGUGGUGCUGGUGUUGGUGCCAGUGUAGAUGCUGGACAAUAUGCAAAGGAUAUGAUCAGACUGAAGUCUGUCAUUACUCAACUGUAUGGGAACACACACCUAAAACCCCUUCUACUGGCACCAGGAGGGUUCUAUGAUAAGUUGUGGUUUGAGCACUUCCUUGAUGCUUCUGGACCAUCCACUGUCAAUGCCUUGACACAUCAUAUAUAUAAUCUCGGACCAGGAUCUGACCCCAAUCUCAUUAGCAGAAUUCUAAAUCCGGAGUACUUGAAUAAGAUAUCAGAUACAUUUGAAAGUGUUUCGCAAACCAUUCAUGCAAAUGGUCCUUGGGCUUCAGCUUGGGUUGGAGAAGCUGGCGGUGCCUAUAAUAGUGGUGGUUCGAAAGUGUCCAAUGCCUUUGUUGACAGUUUCUGGUAUGUCGAUCAGCUUGGUAUGGCAGCUAAGUACAAUACAAAAGUCUAUUGCCGGCAAAGCUUAAUUGGUGGGAACUAUGGGCUUCUUGACACAAGCACUUUUUCCCCAAAUCCAGAUUAUUACAGUGCACUUGUUUGGCAUCGGCUGAUGGGGCGAGGAGUGCUUGAUGUUAACAGACAUGCAUCACCGUAUCUACGUGCUUAUGCCCACUGCACAAAAGAAAGAGCUGGUGGUGUCACCCUGCUUUUGAUCAACCUAAGCAACCAAACAAGGUUCACUAUUGACAUUGAAUCCCGGACAAGCAUCGACCUGCGGCAGGCCAGAGUGAUAACGAAAAAACGGUCCUUCCUGCACCGUAUCAAGGAACUCGUUUCAUGGAUGGGAAGCAAAUCAUCUCAAGUUCCGCUGUAUCGAGAAGAGUACCAUCUUACUCCAGAAAAUGGGGACCUCCAAAGCAGAACCGCACUGCUGAACGGAAGCCCGUUACAACUUACAGAAAACGGAGAUAUCCCUCUGCUUUCACCACUCCUUCAAAAUGUGAACUCUCCCAUUGCGAUAUCCCCGUUGUCCAUCAAAUUCAUUGUUUUCCCAAAUUUCAUCGCUCCAACUUGCCGGGAGAUCUGACAUAUGCCAGUUCAGCUUGCAAAUGAUUUGGUUGCACCCUACAUGCAAAUACGUGGGUUAUACGAAGUAUAUGUUAGCACAAUAUCAUGUGUAUCACUGUCUUCUGUUGCAAUGUUUUGGCCGUUUAGAUUUUAUUUCCACGUGAUGAGUUUAUUUGAUUUGAUUAAAUUUGAUUCAUGAAAUAAUAAUGGCAAUAGGCACGAACAGAUGAAUAAUAUGCCAACAUCAAUAAAGUGAUCUUUACAAUUUCUUUAUUUAAUGCAGUUGUUUGUUUAUUUAUUUAUCUACUCCAACAUGGCAUUUUGUUCAUCAUUAAAUAAU